AUGGCAACGACAGGCUCUCCCAUCAGGCUCUUACCGGUCGAAGCACAAUUGCAGCUCAAAUCUUCCGUUGCCCUGAAUUCGUUGAACGAUGUGGUAGUCGGCCUCAUCAAGAAUGCGUUGGAUGCUCAAGCACAAAAGAUAUACAUCGGUUUGGACUACUUGAGAGGAAACUGUUGCGUGGAAGAUGAUGGAGUGGGCAUUCCUGCCGCAGAAUUUGAGGCUGGAGGAGGGUUGGGAUUGAUGCACUACACUUCUAAGUUCACGGACAUUAAGGAGAUCCAUGGCCAUUGUGGACGAUUUCUAGCUUCCCUGUCUGCCUCCUCCCUUCUCCAUAUAUCGUCACGCCAAAUCGCCGAGGAGAGCGAAAGUACUCUUGUGUAUCACCACUCGCGACUUCUUACCAGGCAAUGCAAUGUUGCCGAGAAAGAGCAGAAAGUUGGGGGAAGGCAUGGAACAAGGGUGAUCGUACGAGAUUUGUUUGGCAACCUUGCGGUACGAAUGAAACAGAGAGCUCUACAUUUUGGCAACACCGAGAAUAAUGAGAGAGAGCUGGAACGCCUCAAGUUGCGAAUCACUGCAGUUGCUCUGGCCUGGCCACAGAAUGUGAGGGUAGUCGUAUCAGACCAGCAGGCCCAGGAGACACGCAAAUUUGCGCUUGGUGGUAGAGGCAAAGCUGGAGGGCAUGACCACAAAGAAGUCUCCUCUCGGAGGACAUCGACUUUCCGGCUGGACCAAAUCUGUACAAUUCUGUCUCGCGCUGGCUACAUAACGCCCACUGACUUUGAUUCGUGGACCACCGUGUCAGCUCGGACCUCGCAAUUAUGCGUUCGAGCAGCCAUUUGUCUUCAGCCUGCUCCAUCCAAGCAUGUGCAGUUUAUAUCCCUGGGCAUUCAUCCUCUUGACUAUUCAAGCACGCUUUGCCACGUCCUCUAUGUCGAAGUCAAUUCCUUGUUUGCCGAAUCGGCUUUCGGAGCUGUUGAAGAUGAUUUUGAUGUACCAGAAGAGGAACGCCUUCGAAGGCUUAAAGAUCGACGUUUCAAAAACGAUGGCCCUACAGACAGACAGCUUAAAGGGAAGGGAAAGGGAGCGGACCGAUGGCCAAUGUUCUAUAUCAGGAUCGACCCACAAGACAGCAACCUGCCUGUGGGAGUUCUGAGGUCUGAUGAGGACGACAAGCAGGCAGCACGGUUUUUCGAGAAGACGGUACAAUUAAUCGUAUCGAUGAUCCAUCGAUUCUUACAAGAACGCCAUUUUCAACCAAGAACAAGGAGGCGGCGGGGUGGCGUCCGGGCUAUCUUAUCAAGAUCUAAUACUACCAGCCAGGGUUCGAAUGGGCCAGCGGAUAGUCGAUGUGCUGGACUGUCUGCGAAAGGUAAUUCUCAGAUGGCUGUCGACCACACUACGGAAUUGGGUUCCAACCCAGCGAUUUUAGACCCCAGUGAAAGGCAAAAAACCCCACAAAAAUUUCCUUCAGCGACUGCAUUCUGUUCGUGGUCCAGAAUCAAGAGUGGAAAUCCGCAUGCCGUGGAAGGUCUGCUCUCUGGUCUACCUCGGAGCGCGCUAUCUGUUUUCUUGCCGCGCAAUAGUAGUGAGCCAAAUCGUUGUAGCAAAGUUCCGACUUCGUGUGCUAAGAAGGACUUGCAACAUGAUAAUCUGAUAGUAGAGCACCUGGAUGAAGAUAUUCAGUUAUUGCUUCGAGACCUCACUGAGAGCCCUGACACGGAAACUGGCAAUCACAGAGGUGUUAUGGAUGAGAGGCCUUUGAGCGCACCACAACCGAUGACCGCAGAGGACCACAAAAACAGCUUUACACUAGAAGGACAUGACUCGGAUGAUGGCAUUAUCGUUUGGAAAAAUCUAGUAUCUGGGGAAUGCAUUCGGAUCAAUUCACGGACAGGUCUGUCCCUACCAACUUUGCCUUUUUGCUCUACAAAAGAGUCUCAAGCAUCUGCCUCCGCGCAAACUGCGGGAAAUGGACUUCAAAAACGAGGCAUUUUGAGACAGCGGGGCAUUGACUCUCACGAGUUUGACGUGGGCGAGAAGCCUUGGUCUGAACCAAACAAUUGGUUGUCCAGUGUCAUAGCCGGUUGGCAGAAUCCUGUCUUCCGUUUGGGAGAGCGUCCUAUACCUUCAACGAUUAUCGAGAAUGAGAAGUUGGCAUCCGUCCAGGCCGGCAAAUGUUGCCAUAGCAAGUACCGGCAUUGCACAGACUCGGAUGCUGUUGGCUGCGACAAUCGCCUGAGCAAAGCUGGAUUAGCAGGAGCAAGGGUUCUGGGGCAAGUCGACAUGAAGUUCAUCCUUGCGAUCAUAAGAGCAUCGAGGUCUGAAAAGGUGUCCGAAGCGUGCUCAGAUAUUGACAACAAUGCUUUGGUGCUAAUUGAUCAGCAUGCUGCUGACGAAAGAUGCCGCGUCGAGGAACUGUACGCUGAUAUUUCUACAGGUACAGGCAAGAUGGCGGUAUUGACAAAGCCUAUAAUUUUCGAAGUUACAGCUCGCGAUUCACAGCUCUUUUGCCGAGAACAGACAUAUUUUGAGACUUGGGGAAUCAGCUAUGAGGUUGGUAACGGUGAUAACUGCAAAGGGAAGAACACCCAGGCUGUCAGACCAGCAUCAGCUCGUCCACAUUCAAAGAAAAUACAAGCCGACAAGUCUCAUAAGUGGCCAGCAUCCGCAGUCACACCUGCUACUUCUGCUGGCAUACCUGCCCGAAGAGUUGCAACAAAUCCCGGCCUACAGGUCACCGUACACGCCCUUCCUGAGCCAAUCGCAGAGAGAUGCCGUCUUGAUCCAAAGCUGCUCAUCAACAUUUUACGCUCAGAGGCCUGGGCACGAACAGAUAAUCACACUCGCCCCUACGAACUCCGUCCAGCGACACCAAUUUCCGUUACACAAGCUGAUGACAAAGAAAUUUCACCCUUACCCUGGCUCACGCGCAUCUCGUCCUGUCCUCGCAGAAUCAUUGACCUCCUCAACUCCCGCGCCUGCCGAAGCGCGAUCAUGUUUAAUGACAAGCUGACACAGCCGGAAUGUGAGGAACUGGUGAAAAGGCUGGCGCAAUGUGCGUUCCCGUUUCAGUGCGCACAUGGGAGGCCUAGUAUGGUUGUGCUCGGAAAACUUCAAGAAAAUGAUUUUCCAAUAUCAGGAUGUAGGCCAAUGAAGGACUACCCUCCGGAGAGGAUUAUGGAUGAUGAAGGGAAAGAAAAGAAGGACUUUCUGGAAGCUUUUACGACGUGGCAGAGCCGUACUCGGGGCGCCGCUUGA